GACGUACACCUAGUUCCAUCAGUCACGUGGAGAACUUCCGCGGCUUCGCUUCGUUUUCCUGGUUCCUUUUCUUCUGACUCGGUCGGUUUGCGUUCUUUUGUGUUAUGUUUGGCGGCAAGUAACAUCGAUUGAUUCAGGAAAAGAAGAAUUUGCGAUACCUAACGACUGGCAGAAUCUGACAAAGAGAAACGUAGAAAUCUCCCGAUCGUCAGUGUGGAGGGAAGAAAUCGAUCUGAAGAACAUGACACAGUAUCAUCUGACACGAAUCUGGACGUUAAUCGCAGUGGGCACGUGAUAAAAAUCGAACUAGAGCUGAAGGAAGCUCCGGACGACAUGAUCGUCGGAUCGACACCAUUCAAAUUGGACGUGACCGAUGAAAUCAAUUCGACCUAUCCAGAUGGCAUUCCGGAAGCAAACGCUGUUAUAGUCAGAGCUGAAGAGGCUUUGAUUGUCGUUUUGGUCCUCCUCCUUUGGGCUGCUGCGAUUGCGCUAUUUUUCAAUCGAUGGGGCAAGAUUAGAAUGUUGGAGCCGUAUCAACCGAAAUUUCAGCAACACAGACAAAGUUGCACUACGAUUGAACAAAAUCAACUCCAGAAUCGACGCACGUUCUCGAAAUGUAACAUACCCUGCGGGGACUAUCCGGCGGGACACGAAUUAAAUUACGCUUCGGGUCAAGUACGACCAAGGCAAAACAGUGUGUUCAUUGGAUCUAAUACGUCCUUGCUCCCUGGCGCUCAAGGUAUUCCACGUCGCACGAGAAGCGCGUUCGAUCUUCAAUUCUUGAUGUUUUCGGAGAACAACUCGUGCAGUGAACAGGAUACGUUAAAAAACUUGAAGUCAGCCAACGAGUCCACGAAAUUGUUGCAACGCGAACGAAAAACCAGUAUCUGUCAGUUAGACAGAAUCGAAACGUCCAAGCCUGUCUUUCGAGACAGAGGAAUGAGUGUCUGUCAAUUCGAUACUUCCUCGAAAUUAUGGCAACGAGAUCGCGGAAUGAGUGUCUGCCACUUCGACAGGAUGGAGGUACUUGCCAGACCGUUGCAAAGAGACCGUGGCGGAAGAAUCUGGCAGUUCGACAGAAUGGACGUGUUGGCCAAUCCGCUGCAGAGAGAUCGCACAGGCAGCGCCUACCAUUUUGACAGAAUGGACGUUUUGGCCAGGCCAAAUUGUUCUUUUGGCAAAUCCUUGUCGAGGGAGAGGCGCGUCAGCAUGUGUAACUUUCUGGAGAAAGACGAGGAAGCAGCGAAAGGUAGUCAAAUGGUACGGCGUUUAAGCAGCAACAACAUUGAGAAAAUCGUGAAGGAGGAGGUGUCCGUCGAAGAAGCGGAGUGUGAAACGGCGAUGCAGCAGAUAUUUCCCAAAUGCACACCCAAAGGAAAUAAAAAUGCUUCCUAUCAAUUGGACCAACCGUCUUGCAGCAAAACUCCUGACGUUGUGUUCGGAUACAAGGCUACUUGCGUGUAAUGUGAGAAGGUUAAAUGUAUGACUUAUCAAGGGAGAAUAUGUAUGCUAUACUUGAAAUUUAUGGAGUUAAUCAUCGUUUCAAUUUCAAGGUAUCGAAGGGUACUUGAAUGCAUAUGACAUAUAUUCAAUCACUAUAUGGUAAUAAAUAGAAAUUCUUAUAUAAAAUCGUAUCUAAGUGUAACACUUAUACCGACUGUAUAAUGUUCCAGAAAUGAAAUUAAAAAAUACUCCUUCCUUUUAAACGUACGACUCGUAAAGUUCCGAAAGAACCAAACUCCGUGUACAUAAUGAUUCAAAGGCGUCCGAUUCCGAGAAUAAUUCUACGACGAAAAAUAUAUUUUAUUAAUGUUAUACUUGGCUCUUUCGGUCAUGUUAUUCUGAGUGAAGGAAUCGUCCGAAUAAAUUUACACCGUGUAACAAAAUAACCACAACAGAAUUUGAAAGUGUACACGUUGUCAACGCUACGAGAAUUUUAGAAAUGAAUAAUAUCACAUACUUUUCGGGCUAAAAACAACGAUUUUCACAUUGAAACACCGAAAGAGUUGAAGUUGUAAUAAUCAGUUGUAAUAAUCUAAGAAAGUAGUAAAAGAAAUUUAUAAAGGAAGAUGCAAACUAUUUUUUCAGGAAUUGUAAUUUUUUAGACGACUGUUGAAAAGAUAUAAAUUUAUUAACACGUAUUACAAUUUUGGACUUAUUAUGAUAUUAAAAUUUACCAAGCAUUCUGGCAAAAACGGCGUUGAAGAGAACCCGAAACAGGGACAAUUAUCUCCGUUACAAGGUUUGUGCCACCUUGUGAUGGUAUAUAACGUUCGAUAUAUACUUGAAAUCCUAAGUUAAAUCCACUAUCCAACGUCCACUUCGUAGGUUUUGAAUACUACAAUACAUAUUUAAUCGUUCAUUCAUGCUACUUGUCAAAUAUGUAUUCACCAAGUAAGGUCUUUGCAAACUGAUUUCGAAUCCCAGUAAAAACACUUGCAAUCACUUAAUAGAAUUAUGAGAGUCAAGAAAGCAGUUCCACUUCACUGAAUUUCUAUAAUAAUGCGAGGAAGAUUUUACAGAAUUGUAAACGAUAAACAGGAUUCCUGUUUAAUUGAUUUAAUUAGAUUUAAUUAGAUUAAUUCUUGUAAAAUUUUAUUUUAAUGUUAAACGUGUGAAUAUUUCAUUUUUCUUUCAUUUCUAAGGUUUUGUAAUGUUUAAAGAAGAUUUCCAACAUAAAAUUGAAACAGAAAAUCGUGUAUACCAAUAUUUUGUUCAGACUUGGCACAUUUUCUAACAUUAGAAAAUUACAAUUGGAUCGAAAAUGACCGAAAGGACGUACCAAGGUUAAGAAUGAUAUCCAAACAAACUGUGUUAGUUAAUGGAGAAUUGCUAGUAAGUUUUAAACUUUCUGUUAUUUCGGUUACGAAUAUAAAAGCUUACAGUCAACUCCAUUUAGAUUAGCUACGUGUAUAAAUGAAAUCUUUUCUUUUAAUGACUACACCACAUUUACAACUGGCUCUGUUGAGCCAACCAGCAAAUUUGAUAGCGUCGAUAUCAUGUGCGUGUGAAUAAUGUUCAAUAGCGUUUCCACUCCAUUUCCUUACUUUUCAUUCCAGUAACUUAUAUGGCUUCGUUCUCUUCUGACUCCUGAAGUUUGUGUCACGUUUUUAGCUAGUUCGUUAAAACGUAUAUAGUUUAUUAUUGUGUGCUGUUGCAAUUAAAUGAAAUCUUAAAAGGAAAAUAUAUUCCAGUUUAACUGCACGUGCCAAGAGAACAGACGUAUUUCAGUUUUGCAGACUACGCGCGCCUGUGCAGUAUUCGCCGACAAUAUAAACUGGUUGCCGUAAAUACUUUUGAAAAUUCAUUGCCAAUUUAGUUGCUAUGUAUCCAUUAUCACGAUCGCGGAUUACGAGAAUGCAUUAAAUGUUCAGAUAAGUCAAUGCAAUUUUCAUGUCAACUAUGUUUUAUGUCCCAUAAGAACAGAUAUUUACAUCCUCUAUCGUUCCAAAAUGUUCUCAUAAAUGAGAUUCUGUGUAAUUACGAUUCGUAUCGUCAAUAUACCCGAUCGCAAUUUAUUCGGUUAUCUGUUUUUGCUAAAACGAUUAUUAUUUAUUCGCUUAAAAUUUACAAUUAUCGUCGAGAUAAAUUAUUAUUCGCUUUAAGUUAACGUCAAUUUAAAUUAAACGUAUAACUCUUCCCAAAUGUGUUGCGAAAAUUAUGCAUAUAUAAAUCAAAUGUACUAUGAAUUUUUACCGGAAAAUAUACAAAUUGAAAUCUCCGUUAUCGAA